ACGGAAUCUUGCCACGCUGCGUAGCAGGGAUACGCGUAUAACGACUACAGUAGGCCAUACACCGGCUCGGCCAUGGCGGCCUGUUCGUGGGCGCCAGUAGGGAAGGCAUCCACGGUCGAUUGGAGGGGCGAAUUUUGCGAAACUGCUUCUCCCGCCGAAUUACCGACGCCAGGGCGCGGAUGCGCUGCUGGUGGUGGUAGUUUCCACGUGGCCAAUGCCAGAGCCAGAGCUAUUGGCGGGACUGGACGGGGUCCCGGGCCGUCUGGUGUGGUGAUCGGCGGUGCUUCUCGGGUAUUGCCGAACGUAAAGCAGGGAGCCUGCGCUUGUCGUUUACUGCCGCACGAUCGUUGUUUUCAAUCAUCGAAUCUCGUGCGACAUCUCUGCUCGAAUCUCCCCCGUCGAUGGGAAGAAAGCGGGAGUCGAUCGCGGCGCGCAGUGGUAGAACACCUGGCGGCGGCGGACAGCGUUGUUGCGAACGGCUUGUCGGAAGAUAGUCGUCUGCUUUUUCGAAGAGGACGAAGAGGAACAGACGGGCGGGAAACCCUUGGGUCAAACUUGUGGUGGUCAACGGUCAACAGGAGUAGGAUAACGAUCAACGGUUGGAAAUCGUCGAUCUGUUGGCAGAGAGAUCGUUUCUCGCAAAGCUUGUCGUCGUCGUCGUGUAGGUCGUCGUCGGCGCGCAGUGGCCGACGACGCGGUUCGCUUCGCACGGCGUUGGCUAUGGGUGAUGCUAGUGAAGCGGCGAAUGUGCAAUCGACAUCGAAUGUUUCUGUGAGUGGAGGAGAGGAAGGAGGAGGGGAAGGAGGAGCGCAAGGAGAGGGAGGAGGAAGAGGAGGUGGUGACGGUCUUGCUUUCGAUACUGAGGUUUACGACAGAGAACGCCUCCGAUUAGACGCAGAGGCCAUGGCGGGAAUGAAGGAGAAAGCGGAAGCGAUGGAGAGGGGGGGGGAGGGAGAGGAAGCUGAAGGGAGUGGCGGCUGGAAGUGGAAAAUUCGAAAACGGAUAUGGGAUUUGAUGGAAAAGGAAAACAUCGCAGCGGAGCCAAGACCAGUGCAUCACAGAAUACCUAAUUUCGUGGGAGCAAACGAAGCUGCUAGAAUGCUGUCUACUCUACCGGAAUUCAAAACGGCCAAGUGUGUGAAGGUGAACCCCGACACACCGCAAAAGCCAGUGCGGUAUCUCUCUCUCUCAGGUGGUAAAGUUCUCAUCACGCCGCAGCCUCGACUUCGCACUGGAUUCUUCUCCUCUCUUGACCCUGCAAAACUUCCUGCUGCUGCGUUAAGAGAGGCUUGUACUUCAGCAGGUGCGGCCAAGUAUGGUGUGCAGCUCGGACUGGAUGCAAAGAUUAAGGUGGAUCUUAUUGUGAUAGGCUCCGUUGCUGUUGAUCCCUCCACGGGGGCACGCCUCGGGAAGGGUGAAGGAUUUGCUGAGCUGGAGUAUGGCAUGCUGAGGUGGAUGGGAGCUAUUGAUGAAAACACAUUGGUUGUGACCUCUGUUCAUGACAAACAGCUCGUGGACGACAUCCCUACAGAGAAGUUGUUGGUGCAUGAUGUUCCCGUUGACGUCAUCUGCACUCCGACUCGGAUCAUUUUCACAGAAACCAAAAUACCAAAGCCGACAGGCAUUUACUGGGACAAAUUGUCACCAGAGAAGUUGGGACAGAUUCGGAUUCUACAGGAGUUGAAGAGGCGCAUUGAAGAGGAGACGGGAGAGAAGCUGCCAUCUGGUCCGUCAGAAAAGCUUCCGCCCACAGCACAGAGGUCGAGAGGUGGAGGUGGUGGUGCUACCAAUCCGAACCCUCGUUAUGAAAAUGGGCCAGUGGCUAGAGACGGAAGAAGAGGAGGGGAAAACGGUGGACUGUCGGGGCGGAUGCCCCACACAGCUUUCGUAUGGAACCUCGACUUUAGGACGUCGAAACGCGCUCUUGCCGACCAUUUGAUGACCUCAGGUGUCCCAUUUAGCCGGGUCGACAUUCUACGGACAAACGGCCAAUCGAGGGGAAUGGCAAAAGUAGACUUGCGUAGCAAAGAGGAUAUGGACAAACUCAUUGAGAAAAUGGAUAGAACAGUCCUGUCUGAUCGUGUAAUACGGCUCAAAGUAGAUGAACCGCGCCCUACGAAUAAAAGAUGAGCAACAUACCUCAAAGGCGCAAAUUUUGUAAAUGUCGUACUGGCUUUUUUUCUUUUUUGUACUACUGCGAGGCAUUGUCAUACUACUUUGGAAAGGCUUGAAGGCUUGACCUGUCCAUACACCUAUAGCAAAAUUGGGAGGGGGAUAGAUGGGAGCUCAAUGAAAAGGGUCAGCAAAUAGAGAAUGAUUGGAAAGAAGUUGGGAGAAGCAGUAGGGAAUGGAAAGAUUUACUUCUAAAAAUGGGCGCUACCUUUUACAGCUGCUCUGCUUAUGAGAGGUGGCUGUUGGCACAUUCUCGGUUCGUUCUGUUGGAUUAGCAAAAUCUAAUGGUCACAAAUUCCCUUCUUGUAUCUGCAGGAGUUGGCAUGAAAUUUCAGAGGAAAUUGGUGAGAGCAUUUUUGGCAUUUUGCUUAGUUUGCAAGCUAGUGUAGGCCUUGAAUCAGAUUCUGUACUCUCGUCGCCCACCAACCACCCGCCAGGGCUGCCAACCAGCCCUCCCUCCCUCCUGACAGCUUACUACAUUGUAAGAUUGCGCCGUGAAGCGCAGGUCCACUGGAGGGUCUCAAAUUAUAGUUCUCACACAUAUGAAUUGGUGUUCACAUAGCCAGGCAUUUGGAGGAGGAGGGCAACAACGACGGCACGUAAAAGAUGAAAAAGGAGAAUGUACACUCGGUGUUCAGAGUCUCAGCAUGCAGCUCGCAGCUCGGGCCAACGACUGCACAUAAAAGAAGAUGAGAAGGGAGAGAAGAGUCUCUAGCAUCUAGCUUGUAGCACCCAAAAAAGAGAAUUCUUAUGUCUUUCUCUUCUGGCAUCUCCACGGGCUUGGAGUGACCGGGUUACGUAGCGGUGGCGGAUCGCAUGCUGUCCGUGCGGAGUGUGUGUUGAUUGCCGUGUCCGUGCUGCAGUGUUAUGUGUGGGGUGUGAGUUCAAGGACGCUGCAUCCUGGGGGGUGGGCUGGAUAUCACGACUGGUAUGGAUUCAGUUUUAAAAACACCUCCAAGGGUUGUAGUGGUUACGAGACUUCGUUGCUGUGGCUGGGAGUGGCGGUUCGAGGCCGUGUGUGCACGGCGGGGCGGGGCUGGGCCUGAUACCCGGAAGCAUGUUGAUCAGUUAACUUCUCCACAGCUGUUUGUCGCAGCAUUCUCUUUCAAUUCAGUCCUUUUGCUCUUCUAUUUCAUGCUCAUGCACAGUCCCCCCCGUCCAGCAUGACAAGUGCAGAUGGACUUGAUAAAGAUUGGCAGGGGGGCGUAACACACAAACAAACAACAAAGAUGUCAGCCCGUG